AUGGCUGCCACGCAAAUCGACACGGGCUACAUCGCAGGCCAUCUGGGUCUCGAUCAGCCCCUCGUCGCGAGCCUCACGACAGAGCCCUCGCUCGACCUGAUCUCGGUGUUGUUGCAGGCUGUCGCGGCCAAAGCCCACGAGUUCGACACCUUGUACGCCGACAAGCUGCAAACCGACAUUGAACUAGAAAAUGCAGUGCGGACGUCGGAGAGUAAAUCCCAAGUCUCCAAAGACACGGCAGAUCAGGCGUUAAAAGACCUUGAAGAGGCAAGGCAAAAGCUCAAGGACGAGGAGAUCAAACGACAAUCCGCCGAAAACGAAUUGCAGGCUCUCAAGGCCCAAAGUACAUACCAUGCCGCCGAGCUGAAGAGCUUGAAUGACAAAAUCGAGACCCUCCAAUCCUCCAACCGGACAAACUUGAGCAUUAUCGAGUCGAACAAUAAACGUGACCAGACUCUCACAGAAGAGCUUACCAAGCUACAUCAGAGGAAUGUUGAGCUUGCUCGAGAGGUGACCGCUCUCCAGCAAUCCGAGCAAAACGCAAAGGGACAGCUCAAUAGCGCCAAGUACCGCGAGGAGUCACUGAAGCAGCAGCUCGAGCUGGCUCGGCGCAACGGUGAGUGGCUGGAGACUGAACUCAAGACAAAGAGCGAAGAAUCUCUCAAGUAUAGGAAGGAAAAGGGCGCUCGCAUCGCUGAACUCCAGCGCGAGAGUGAGGAUGCGCGAUCGCAGGUCGGAGUCUUGAAGCGGUCUGAACAGCAACUUCGUGAACGCCUGGACGCAAUGCAAGCCAAGGCGGACGAUGCUCUGGUCAAGCUGCAGAAACGGGAAGGCGUGUUUGCGACAACGGUACAAGGUUACAAGCAAGAACUCGAGGACCAAAGAAGGCUUGUGGACAUGUCUGAGCAGUUGAGCAAGAAGCAUCAGGAACGUGUACGAGACCUCGAGGCCGAGAAGGAGCGCCUCAAGGACAGCUACGAGAACGAGAUACGACGAGUGCGUCUCGAGCUUGAACAAGAACGACAGACGACUGCCGAAAUGGAGGACAGAAUUCGCCAACUGGAAAGCGAGGUUGACGAGCUGCAAGCCCGCCUCGAACAAGGCCCACCGCUGGGCUCGGCCCCUCAAACUCCUCGCGUCAAUGGCUCAAUCAUGGGUCGCCCUGCCUCGCCCUUUGGCACUCCCGCUUCAAUCCGGAGCAAGUCGGCUGUGACGGCAACUCAAGCAAUCGAGCAGCUGUAUCAAGUGAAAGGCCAGUUGGCGAGCGAGAAGAGGAGAAGCCAACAGCUCUCCGAAGAACUUGACAACAUGAUUACAGCUCUCGAAGCCAAAGCGCCGGAAAUCCACGAGUUGCAAGCCGAGACUGACACUCUCCGCCAUGAGAUUGCUCGCAUGUCAGAGCUUUCCCAGCAAAGCUUUGAAGAGCGAGAUGCCGCCAAAAAGGCUGCUCGCAAGGCAGAAAACGCAUUGGCCACCUCCCAGUCCGAGGCCAAGAUUCUGCGCACACAACUUCGCGACCUGGGCACUCAGAUCCAAAUGCUCGUAUUCAACAUCUACGCUCUUGAAAAGGGUAUGGAUCAGCUUACCGAGGAGGACAAGUUUCGUCUCCAGCAGCUGGAGCGUGGGGAAAUCACCGAGGAGGCCCUCGCCGACCUGUCGGACACGCAUCAGUUCAUCACUCAGAAACUGGUGGUGUUCAAGGACAUCAAGUCCCUCCAAGCCAAGAAUGAGGAUCUGAUGCGCAUCACUCGCGAGCUCGCCGAGCAGCUUGAAAGCGAAGAGGCCCUUGCUGCCAAGCAUCAAGCCAAAGAAGACCACGACAAGGUGGAGAAGCUGCAGCGCGAACUCGAGCAGAUGACCGAGGAGAGCCGAUCAAUCAAGAAUACCAUGGAGAGUUUCAAGGUGGAACGUGACAUAUUCCGGCGCAUACUGCAGCAAAGGGGCACGAGCGUCGACGAGGCUUCCAUGAUGCGAAGCUCUCUGGAUGCCAGCCUACGUGCGCCGCUGGCAAGUAUCGAAGGUGGUGGUGACCAUGCCGAAUCCCUUGGCGAGGCUCUCCGAAAACUGCAGUCCGAGUAUGACAACUUCCGCGAAGCCCAAGACGGCGUCCGCAAAGAUAUGAGGACGCAAAUCGAUCAUUUGUCGUCCGAGAAGAGUUCCUUGCAAACCGAGCGAGUCAAGCUCCAAGGCGAGGUCAGGCUGGAAUCUGAGAGGCGAGAGAUGUUGCAGAGCAAUUACCUCGCGCUGCAACGAGAGAAUGCUGAGCUUCAGAGAAGGAGCCAGGCUCUGUCGGAAACGGCGGCGAAACAGGAUAUCCGAACCCAACAAGUUGCUGAAGAGCUCAUUGAGUCCAAGGGCCUGCUGGACAGCAUGAGGAAUGAGACUGCCAACCUUAAAGCUGAGAAGAAACUGUGGAACGACAUUCAGGAACGCAUGAGCAAGGACAAUGAGGAACUUAUUCUGGAGAAGAACCGGCUCAGCAAUCUUCUUGCGACACAACAAUCUCUGGAGAAUGAACGGAACAUGUCCGAGUCUGAGGGUAGACGCAAGGCCCAGGCCAAGAUUGACUCUUUGGAACGCGAGUUAUCUGACGCCCAGAGGAAACUAGCUAAUGAAGCCGAAGAGAACAAGAAACUGCAGCUUCGGAAGGAGUUUGAGGCCAAGGAAUCCCAAAAAAGAGUCGACGAGCUCAUGUUGAGCCUCUCGCAAAUCCGGGAGGAACACGUCGGCGUCAAGACGACUCGGGACCACCUGCAGGCUCGGGUCAAUGAGCUCACGGUCGAGCUACGCAAUGCGGAGGAGCGUGUCGGCCGACUGCAGCCUCGCCCUACGCCGCGACCUGGGUUGGGUGGCGACGUUGAUCAGCACCAGCAAGAGCUUGAAGCAGAGAUCCAUGAUCUGAACAAUGACGUGUCCGACCUCAAACGGGAUCUCGACAUGGCCAAUGCACAGCUGGAGAAUGCCAAGGCGCAGGUGGAGCAGUACAAAGAGCUGAGCCAAGGCAACGAAGAAGCACUGGAGGAGCUGCGCUCCUGUCAUGAACAGUACCGGGAAGCAAUGGACUCGGCGAUUGAAGAGAAAGACAAACACAUCAAGGAGCUACGCCAGCGCAUCGAGGACGUGUCGGAGGAGCUGUCACGGUCGAAUACCGAGCUGUCGCAGCUUCGCGACUCUCAAGGAGAGGUUUCUCGCAAGCAUGAGAUUGAGAAGUCCAUCUUGGAAGAAGAAUUGAACCGACUGAAGCAGGAUAGUGCCAGGCACGUGGAGGCCGCUCGUUAUCAUCAGCAAGACUUGCGAGCUCAAGCAGAGAUUGCGUCCAAGGCGCAGCAAGACUACGAAAAGGAACUCGUGAAGCAUGCCGAAGCCGCCAAGCUUGUGCAGCAAUUGCGAGCCGAAUGCAACGAGAUCAAGAGCCAGACAGCGGCGCUGAGGGCAGAGGCCGAGUCGGCCAAGGUCACCCUGUCGCAAAGCGAGAGUUCAUGGGAAGAUCGUCGGCUGCAGCUGGAGCAGGAGAUGGCGGAACUGACGGCACGCCGCGAGGACGUCAACGCCCAAAACAGACUUCUCCACCAACAACUAGAGACUCUGACCUCUCAGGUUGCCGCUCUGCAGCAGAGCAGGUCCAACGGCCAAGGAGAGGGGGAAGAGGGCAUGUCGCCCGUGAACGUGGGCGACGCGUUGGAAGGCCUACGGGAGCUCAGCAGCUACCUGCGGCGCGAAAAAGAAAUCCUGGAAGUGCAGUACGACCUGAAAUGCCAGGAAUCGAGACGCUUGCAGCAACAGGUCGAGUACACACAAUCGCAGCUGGACGAAGCCAGGCUGAAGCUUGACCAAGAAAGGUCGCAGUCGGCACAGAGCGAUCGUGCAUCCCUGACACAUCAGAACCUGAUGGAGAGGCUCAACGAGCUCAACCUGUACCGUGAAAGCAGCGCUGCUCUCCGGAGCGAAAACUCGCAACUGAAGGAUCAAAUGGCCGAGAAGAACAAGCAAAUCGAGGAGUUGGAAACCAGGGUGCAACCCCUUCAGGCAGAGAUUGACAAUCUUGGCACGCAAAAGUCGUAUCUGGAGGAGGAGAUUAAGCAAAUCCAGGAAGAUCGAGACCGCUGGCAGAAGCGAACCGAAGGCAUCCUGACCAAAUACGGCCGUGUUGAUCCUGCCGAGAUGGAGCAGCUCAAGCAGUCCGUCUCCGACCUGGAAGCCGAGCGCGAUGCUCUCAAGGAAGGGGAAAAGCCUCUUCGGGACAAGAUUACCGAACUCGAAUCAACCCUGGAAAGCGAACGCCAAGGGUGGCAGACGACGCGCGGCAAGCUCGUCGACCAGUUCAAAGAUCGGUCAAGAAAGCUCACGGGCGAGAAGAACGAAGCGGUGCAGAGGGCUAAUCAACUCCAGGAGCAGCUUGACAAGGUCAGCGGAGAACUCCAAGGUGCCCAGAUGCUGGCCGAAGAAGCUGGAAAGGAAAAGUCUGAAAUGGAGGAGCAAAUUGAAUCUUUCAGGCGGCAGGUCGAAGAGCUUCGUCAGCAAGCCCAGCAGCACCCGCAAGCUGAGCAACAGACCCCGGCUGUUUCGUCAGAUGUACGGGCAGGCGAGGGAACCGUGUCGGCUGAAGUUUUUGUCGUGCUGGAACAGCAGCUUACCAAUGUCCGCAAAGAGUUGGAAUCCGUGAAUGCACAAAAGCUGGGCGCAGAGCAACAGCUCGAGCGACUUCAAGAGGAGCUAGAUGCUGCAGUCUCCGAGCGGGACGCCGCCAUGGAGAAGUUGCAACAACAACAAGACGCCGAGGCUGCUGCACCAGCAGCAGCAGCAGCACCACCAACCGAUGGCACAGCUGUCGCAGCAGUCGAGGACGCUGCUUCGGCGGCAACAGUCAAUGGCACGAUGCCCGGCCAGCCUGACGAAUGGCGAAAGGUGUUGGAAGACAAGAUUGCCGCGGCGGAAGCCAAGGCCGCGGAGUUUGAACAGAAAGCUAACGAGGUGGAGGGCAAGAUGCAGCAAACUAUCAAGGAGCGAUCGGAUAGAAUGCGCGAUACCCUCAACAAUAAGCUCAAGGAUAGCAGGGUCAAGAUGGAGGAAGAGUUCAAGAAGAAGGAAGACGACCUCGCGCUUCGCUUCCAGCAGGAGAAGCUCAUUUGGCAGGCAGAAAACGCCAGGGAGAAGAAGCAGACUGUAGCGGCACCGCCCCAGCCACCACCGCCGUCAACACCGACCAAGGCUGAAGGGCAGACGGCUCCGCAGGCCGCAGGGGCAACCGCUACGCCCAACGCGGCGGGCGCGACGGGCGUGACGGGCGCGACGGGCGGAGGAGGAACGCUGGCGGAGCUCAGUCAGCUGGACGACGGCAGCAUACGGCAGUUCUUGUCGACCAAUGCCACUGUCAAGAGCAUCAUUGCAGCUAAUAUCAAGAAGAAGCUCGAAACAGAGAACGCGAGGAUCAAGGCAGAGUUUGAGGCCAAGAUCACCUCGGCACGGGAGCAGGCGCAACUGAUGGAGUCUAAGAAGUCGACGCUGCGGAUCAACAUGACGGAGAACAAGCUGAGGGCUGCGACGGCGAAGCUGGCCGUGGUCGAAACAGCGGCCAACGAGACGCCGCAAAAGCCCGUUGCAGAGGUGUGGCAAGUUGCCAAGGCCGCGCAGCCUCCUCCCUCGACCCGGGCGGCGCCACCAGGCACGCCGGCCAAACUCGCGCCGGGCUCGGCGGCGAAGCAGCCCGCAACACCAACCGGUGCUUCUGCUGCUGCUGCUGCUGCUGCUGCUGUUCCGGCAGUGCCCAGACCUGCGCAAGCAGCCGGCGUACCUCUGCCUACGGCGCCGGCGGCGGUCCAGGUCCAGAAACAAGCCGCGACACCGCCGACGACGGCUGCAGCGAAACCAGCAGGUGGCGGGGAUGCGGGGCCGAAACCGAGAGAGAACCCGUUUGAGAGCGCGGCGGCAGAUGGAAGCAUCAGCGAUGCUCCCAACCCGUUCUCCGCCAAGGCUGGAGCGGCUGCGGCAACGACGACGAGACCUGCGGCACAGCAGGCCCAGACACAGGCCCAGACACAGGCCCAGACACAAGCUCAGCAGAUCCCGGCUGGCCUGCAACCUAUGCAGGCUCCGCAAGGUCAACCGGCGCAGGCAGUGCGAUCUGGCAUCCCGAUGCCUAGGGGAGGCGGACGUGGACGAGGCGGCGGCGCGUACGCUACCCCGGGCCAGCGCACCGGCAGUGUCGGCCAUGAGGGCGGCGCCGGUAACCAAGCAGGGCGCGGCAGGGGCGGACACAGAGGCGGCCGAGGAGGCAUGAACCCCGGCGUGGUUGACUUUCAGCCGGGAGCCAAGCGACCGAGAGGCGACUCGGAAGCCGGGGGUGGUGCGAAGCGCGCACGGGGAGCACACUGA